CUUUACAGCGUCUGAGCGCGAUAGAUAUAGUGGGGUCUCCGCAACCUCCGCAGGGUCGGCCCGCUGGUGUCAAUACUCUCCUUCUGCACGCACUUAAUACCACGACAACGUCCAGGCUUGAUCAUUUCAUCCACUGCGCCAUCUAGUAUCAGCGUUGCAACUCUGUCGCAUCAAAGUCUGCGCUUGCGGAGGAUAAUCAGAGUCACACAGAGCCUUUGAGACCGAGGACAGCAGCCUUAUCGCUGAGGACCCGACUUCCGGACACAAUGUCUCGUCCAUCCUACGACAGUGGCACGGGCGACGAGAAUUGCUCGCUUGCCAUCUUGCGCAAACUCAGCGCCCUCAGGCCGCGGCCCUCGCCGAAUUCGUAUCCUUCCAUCGCAUCUAUCCCUCAAACAUCCACUGCGCGACUAGCACAAGCCGCCGAGGAUCCGGCGCAUGAUCGCGACCAUCCGACACCUGACACCUACCUUUAUCUCGCCUAUGGCUCCAACCUCGCAGCCGAGACGUUCCUCGGCAUGCGUGGUAUUCGUCCCCUCUCUCAGACGAAUGUCUCUGUCCCCACGCUGGAACUCAAGUUCAACCUGCCCGGGAUCCCUUAUCGGGAGCCUUGCUUUGCCAAUGUCGAUUUCAGAAAGAUCCCCGACCACCCCAAGCUGCCCGACCCUUCCAACCCGCCCAGGAUCCCGCCGAUUGACCCACCGGCGAUUCAGCCGCCGCCGCACACGCUGACUUCGUGGAACGAGGGCCUCAUCGGCGUCGUGUAUGAGGUGACCGCGGAGGACUAUGGAACCAUCAUCCGCACCGAGGGCGGCGGGGCUGGCUACAAAGAGAUCGUCGUGCCGUGCAUCCCCAUCCCGCCCAAGAUCUCGGUGCCGGAGAAGCCCCCUAUUCCGGAACUCCCGAAGCCGUUCCUUGCCCGGACACUUUUUGCGCCGCAGAUCCCCGAGCCAAACCAACCCGAAGACCCACGCAAGAAGAAGUGGUGGUAUCGAUUCCUUGUCGGACCACAUCGUGAACCCAACUACGCCCAGGCGAGUGCUCGAUAUCUGAAGCUGAUCACCGAUGGAGCGGAGGAGCACGAGCUUCCCGAUGGCUAUCAGCGUUGGCUGAAGUCGCUGCAGCCGUACACCACCACGACAUGGAAGCAACAAUUGGGGGCGCUGCUCUUUACUCUCACCAGCGGGCUCAUGUUUCUGCUCAUGGUCGGCAUCUCAAAGCUUGUUGCGGAUAAAGAUGGCAAGUUGCCUCAUUGGAUGGUAAUUGCCAUGACGGUCAUGAUCAACUUGACAUGGAUGGAAUAUGAUGCUAUAUUCAAGCCUAUAUUUGGAGACGGCGAGAGGACCCAGGAUGACGAGGACAAGAAGAAGCGAAAUUGCGAACGGUGGGCAAAAAUGUUCAGACAUCAAAGUCAGCCCGUGGAUGAGGAAAAGGUGGCGUUACUGGAAGAAUUUGAAUAAGACGGGCGAAAGGAAUGAUUAUCGUGAGCCGCCAGGUGUUGGGGCGAGGUGCGCAGACGGCGAAGCAUCUUGUUGAGUUUUAGCGCGCGUUGAUUGCUUUUGGAGCAAAUGUAACAGUAAAUCCCUUGCAAUGCAACUGUCCUAGUACGGCAUGUCCCUUACGUUUCCGACAUCACGCGACCCUUGGCGCUGCAGAUCCAGGGAUCGG